AUGGAGGUGGAGGUGGAGAUGGAGGUGGAGGUGGAGGUGGAGAUGGAGGUGGAGGUGGAGGUGGAGGUGGAGGUGGAGAUGGACGUGGAGGUGGAGAUGGAGGUGGAGGUGGAGGUGAAGGUGGAGGUGGCUGUAGCAGCUGCUGGAGUCAGUGCAGAUUCCAAUGGGAUUAUGGCUCAGAUCAUAGACCUGCCAUAUGUCAGCCUCAGCGCUCCCUGCCUGAACGGCGGCCUCUGUGAGGUCACCUGGAACGACUUCAGGUGCACGUGUCUCACCAACUUCUGUGGACGCAUCUGUGAGACCAGACUGUGGUGCAAGGACCAGCCCUGUGUCCCCGGGAGCCGCUGUGUGGACCUGCCCGACGGAUACGAGUGUUUGACUGAAGCUAGCUUCCUGGACAACUCUCUUCAGUACGCGGCUAACGGCUCUCUGCUCGGCCCGAUCACCAGCAUCAGUCUGGACCUGCGCACACGGGACCAGGACGGCAUCCUGCUCCGCGCCGACGCCAGGAGCCAGGCCUUCUGUCUGGGCCUCCUCAACUCCACGCUGCUGGUCAAGAUGGACGGUGGCUCCGGCGCCGAGCUCCUGGCCUUCACCAGUGAACAGAUCAUCUCUGACGGCGCAUGGCACAGCGUCCAGCUCGCCAUGGCCGACCCCGACAUGCCCACAUCUCGCUGGCGCCUCACGGUGGACGGACACCGCGCCGGCACCAGCUUCGCCAGCGCCUCAAACCUCAACUUCCUGAACUCCUCUCAGAUCUGGCUGGCGGAGAAGUACACCGGCUGCCUGGGGGAGGUGCGGAUUGCCGGGGUGUACCUCCCGCUCCUCAGGGUCCCUGAGGUCCCUCAACAAAGCCGCUUCCUGCGCUUGAGCGGCCACGAGCCCAUCCUGGGCUGCACGGGCGCUCCGGUGUGCGACUCCCAGCCCUGUCUGAACCAUGGUGUCUGCUGGGACCAGUUCAACCAGUUCAACUGCAGCUGUGCUCCAGGAUGGGGGGGCACGCUGUGCGAGCAGGAGGUGGACGAGUGCGAGGGUCAGCCCUGCGUCUACGGCACGUGCACCGACCUCAUGGCGGACUACAGCUGCGACUGCGAGCGCGGCUACAGCGGCAAGAACUGCGAGCACGAGUUGGACGACUGCCUCGAGUUCAGCUGCAAACACGGAGGCGUCUGUGCCGAGAGGGAGGGGGUCCACACCUGCUCCUGCCCCCCCGGCUACACCGGCAAGCGCUGCCAGUGGCGCUAUCCCCCAGUGUCAUGUGACGCAGACCAUCCCUGUGAGAACUCUGGAGUGUGUGUGGGAGGGGCCUCAGGAGGGAACUGUACCUGUAAACCUGGGUACACAGGGUCAAGGUGUGAGACAGAGAUAGACGAGUGUGUGUCGGGCCCCUGUCUGAACGGAGGCACGUGUCUGGAACGACUGAACCGCUUCCAGUGUGUGUGCGCUCCGGGCUUCAGCGGCAGGUUCUGCGACAGCACGAAAGAGGAGCAGAUGGAGCGGGUGCCUUGGCUCGCCGUGACCAUCCCUGUCAUCACCCUCUGUGUCCUGCUCGCCGUCCUCGCCGUCUUCUUCUUGGCCAUGACGGCUCGAAAGAAGCGCCAGUCUGAGGGGACCUACAGCCCCAGCUGCCAGGAGGUGGCAGGGGCCCGGCUGGAGAUGGGCAGCGUGCUCAAGGUCCCACCAGAGGAGAGGCUCAUAUAA